CGUGGUCUCAUUCUGUUCGCCGCGAGGGGGCGCUCACUGCCCACAGAAAGUUGGCGGAUGUUCCUUCAUUUCCGGUCACGUGAGGCUCUAUCCGCUUCCUGCUUGCCGUUGCUGUCGCCCUUCAGACGCACUUUUCUCAACUGGAGACGAAGAUGCCCGGACUUCUGCGCGGAGUUUUGAGCGCUCGGCCGCUGAUGAGGAGCUGGGGCAUCACCCAGCGCGCCGGCAUCACCAGCAAGCCGGCUAAGGCCCCGGUCGGGGCUUCGGAGACCGUCAUCGGCUUGACGGCGUUCAUGGUCAGCAUAUUGGCACCUGCAGGCUGGGUCCUCGCAAACCUCGAGUCCUACAAGAAGAGAGAUUGACAGCUAGGCGAUCCUACACUGUCCCACUCCUUCUGAUAUUUUCUGGGACCAGCAACCUUGGGCGAUCAGCUCCUUAAAUCUUUGUGGAACAAAUCCUGUUACCCACCCCCCCCGCCUUCAUCCAUCUACCUCUCCACCGAUCAGUUUACCAUUCUUCAUCGUCUAAACCUCUGCUGUGGAUGUAAAGACGCCAAGUCAUUAGGACAAUGACCUAAUGUGAUGUAUGGCCCCCCAGUAAGGAGCGUGUUAUAAUAAAAUAUUUAAGCCUUUUACAA